AUGAAACACACGCUCUACUGUGUCCAGGCGCCUGUCGUGCGCCUCGUCACCUCCGCGCUCAACGGGCGGUCCGUGAUCGGCCUCGUCGCCAAUUUUGCGCUCGGGUUUGCGCCCGUCGCAGCCUGGCUCGCCGCGUUCAAGAACGCGGGCCGGAUCCCCGUCUCGGCUCGUCCUGCCAUCCACAGCUCGUGGGCGUUCCUCGCGGACGCCUUCCUGUUCGGCGACGCGUUCCAGGAGCUGGUCACACAGUACGGCGAGGGCAUGCGCGUCGCGUCGGUCGUCACGUGGGUCACCGCGUCCCAGUUUGCGCUCCUGGUGCUCGCCGCGUUGCCCGUGGCAGCAUGGCGCUUGCGCGGCGCAAACGCGAAACACGCGGGGUCACGUGACCGCGACCCCGCGUCGCUGCAGCUCUUGCUCGCGCUGCCCCUGCUCGCGUUCGUCGCGCUCGACGCCAUACACCUGUUGGCCGCGCAGCGCGACUUCACCUCUUUCAAGGACAUGCUCGCGUGGACCUCGUACGUGCUGCUGCAUUUGCUCGCGCCCAUUUUCACCGCUGUCUACCUGUACGUGUUCCGCGCGCCGGGCACCGUGCGCGCGUUCGCGCUCGCGCUCGGGAUCCAGAACCUCGCCGGCGUGUGUACGCAUCUGCUGGUGCCGACGGCGGCGCCGUGGUUCAUCCACAUGUACGGCGCACGCGACGUCGAGCACGUGACCUACGAGCAAGAAGGGUUCGCCGCGGGGCUCACCCGCGUCGAUACCCACCUCGGCACGCAUCUCAACACGAGCGGGUUCCACCGGUCCCCGAUCGUGUUUGGCGCGGUGCCGUCGCUGCACUCGGCGAUGGCCGUGCAGUGCUUUCUGUUUGUCGUGGUCUCGCUUUUGCCCGCGCUGCGCGUGCGCGGCGCCGGCGCCGGCUUCGGCCCGGCGGCGGCCGAGUCGUUUGUGCUUUCGGCCGUACCGGUGGCCUCCCGGCCGAAAGACGGCGACGACGACCUGGAAAGCGGCGCAGCCGCCGAGGUCGGCGGCGAUGACGUCAUGGGCUACGUCGUCUCCGACGAGGAGUCCUCGCGCAAGUCCGGCGACGGGGUCGUUUCUGCGGUCGUCUCGUGCGAGGAGUCCUCCGACAGCGCCAGCCACGAGGCCGCCGAGGCCGCCGCUGAGGCUACGGCCAAGCUGCUGGCACCAGCCGGCGCCGAUGGCGCCGGCGGCGCCCAGGGUGCCAGCGGUGGGUCCUCCACUGCUCCCACGGCCAGCUCCCGCUGGCUCUACAUUUUCCGCCGGCCCGUCAUCUCGUUCACGCUGGCUACCGCGUUCCCACUUCUCCAGUGGUGGAGCACCAUGUAUCUGGACCAUCAUUUCCGUUUCGACCUCUUUGUCGGGCUACUCUACGCGCUCACCGCGUUCCACAUCGUGGACGCACUGUUGCUGACGCCGCGCGUCACCAGCGUGUGGCUCGACAUCCGCGCUGGAACGCGGGAGGAUCCGCGGAACGAGGCCUGCACCAUGGGCAUGCGCGUAUUCCGCGGAACGCGCCUCGAGUGGUUCUUCGACCCACUCGCUUAG